CCAGGCAGAGGAAGUAUUAAGACGAGUAAUAUAAACACUCCCCCCUGUGGGCGGCAGGAUCCAGAAGGGGCACAGCCACCACCCAGAGCAGACCAGCCAGCUGAGCAGCGCCAGUGCACUGGGCAGCAACCCAGGGAGGAGAUGGGUCUGGCGAUGGAGCACGGAGCGCCCUAUUCAAGAGCUGGGGCCAGCCCUCAGGGUUGCUGGUAUUACCUGCGCUACUUCUUCCUCUUUGUCUCGCUUAUCCAGUUUCUCAUCAUCCUGGGCCUGGUCCUCUUCAUGGUCUACGGCAACGUGCACGUGAGCACUGAGUCCAACCUGCAGGCCACCGAGCGCCGGGCUGACGGCCUGUACAACCAGGUUGUGGGGCUCUUGGCCAGCCAGGCCAAUCUGUCCAAGGAGCUCAACCUCACCACCCAUGCCAGGAAUUCCAUUAUGCAGACGCUGCAGAACACCCGCCGAGACCUGGACCAGAUCAAUGCCAGCUUCCGCCAGUGCCAGGCCGACCGGGUGGUCUACAUGCACAGCCAGAGGUACGUGGCUGAAAUUAUCCUGAAUGAGAAACAAUGCCAAGAACAACUCAGAGAGACUAACAAGAGCUGCGACGGCUUGUUACUCAUGCUGAACCAGAAGACCACGAUGCUCGAGAUGGAAUUGGCUAAGGAGAAGGCCAUGUGCACCAAAGAUAAGGAGGGUCUGGGGCUGAGCAAGCGGGUGGUGGAGGAGCAACUGGCUGAAUGCAGCAAGGCCCGGGAGCAGCAGCGGCAAGAGCGACAGCUAGCCGAGAACCAGCUGCAGAAGGUGCAGGCCCUCUGCCUCCCACUGGACAAGAACAAGUUUGAAAUGGAACUGCGCAACCUCUGGAGGGACUCCAUUAUCCAGCGCACCCUCGAUACACUGAACUACAACACAUACCAUCCCAUUGGCUUGGACCUGGUCUCCAUCAGGAGAAUCUGUGAGCAAAUGCCUACCCUCAUGAGCACCAAGGUGGAGGACCUGGCCCAGAGCCUGCGGGCUGGCAUCCAGCGUGUGGCCCACGAGAACUCAGAACUCCAACGCCAGAAGCUGGAGGCUGAGCAGGGCCUGCGGGCCAGUCAGGAGGCCAAGGAGAAGGUGGAGAAGGAAGCCCAGGCCCGGGAGGCCAAGCUCCAGGCCGAGUGUGCCAGGCAGACCCAGCUAGUGCUAGAGGAGAAGGCAGCACUGCGGAAGGAGCGAGACAACCUGGCCAAGGAAUUGGAGGAGAAGAAGCGAGAAGUAGAACAGCUCAAGAUACAGAUGACUGUCAGCAACGCGGCCCUGAGCACCUGCAUAAAGGCCAAGUCUCAGCCGAUGCCUGUGCCAAGACCUGCUGGCCCUGCCCCCAACCUCCAGCCCAUCGACCCAGCUAGCCUGGAAGAAUUCAAGAAGAGGAUCUUGGAGUCCCAGCGGAUCCCUGUAGGCAACGUAGCCCCAUCCAGUGGCUGAGAAGGCUCCAGGCUGAAGACUGAGGACUGGUCCUGACUCUCCUGUCCGCAGACCUGUGGUAGUGAGACCUACAGCGUGGGAUGAAGUCAGGCGACCUCCAUGCAAACACACCAGUGGGCGCCCUUGGCCUGCACCCCAUGCUCAUCUUUCCCAUACCUGACCCAGAACCCCUAAUCCUCUCACAGCCCACACCCAUACCACACAAUCCCUCACCCACCGAUGCUGCGAUGACAUCUCAGAGAGACAUGACAAUGAUGUCAUACAGACACGGUGGCCUGACAGACACUUCUGCCAGACCCUCACCCAAUAUCUCAACCCUCUACACACACAAGCCAAGGCACCCACAGC